AUAUCGAUUUUCAAACGGCGGUCUGCCUCUUCUUACCUUUGCUUCUUGCGGCUGAAAUGUUAUAUGCCGAAUAAGAAACUUGAAAGAUAGAUUCCAUCUGUGCCCACGCAAUUAAAUCAUCUACCCAGCUGCUAAGUGUGCCACUCUGGAUAGUGUGUGAGAAACUCUAAACUGUCGUUUAAAAAAAAAAAUUUAUAUUGUAUGCGAGUAGAUCUUACUUUCCUAUGACGAUCUAAUUUAUUUAUUUUUCUUGGUAUUAUAUUUUUUUUCUUCAGAUAACUAGUUUGAUUUGCAGUUGUUUCUAGUUAGUUGCCUAAUUGUGGUUUUCUAUCCAAAUAGCAAAACAGGUGUUAAAGAAUCAACAGAAUGGCGUCUUCUACGGCACCAAAUGUCCUGAUUCGACAUGGUGGAGAACACAUUUCAAUUGAAAUGGAGGAGCUGAUAGCUAAUUCCAUAACCAAAAAGCUUGGGCAUUGUGCAACUCAUUUGCGUUCCGAUGGAAUUUGUUGUAUUCACAGAGUUCCUGAUAAAUUCCAUAAAAUGACUGAGCCUAGUGCAUACAUUCCUGAGGUGUUAUCAAUUGGUCCGUACCACCGAGGAAAAGAAAGCUUAAAAGCAAUGGAAGAUCAGAAAUUGAGUUAUAUGCAUACUUUACUAGAUCGUAAGGCGAAGAUGAAGUUCGGGGAAGAAGAAGAAGCGGUAGUAGUAAGGGCAAAAAAAGAAAAAGACGAAGAAGAAGAACAAAGAGUACUAGAGGAAAAACAAAGAGAAGGAGAAGAAGUAGUAAGGAGGAGACAAGUACAAGGAAGAGAUGUAGAGGAUAUAAUAAAAGAAGGGGAGCUAGAAGAUGUGAUAACAACAGCUCGCAUUAUCCAAUCAGAAUCGCCGGGAUUGACGAGUGCACCAAGUGGGUGGGUUAUCAUUUUGAAGGAUUGUAUUGAGGCUAUUAAAAAGAUGGAAACUGAAAUUCGUGAGUGUUAUUCGGAUCCCAUUGAACUAGCAAGCGAGGAAUUCAUUGAGAUGAUAGUAGUGGAUGGGUUGUUCAUUAUUGAACAUUUGAGAAGACUCCAUAUGAAAAUUAAUAAUAUUGGGACAGGUAGGCAUGCGGUUGAUUUAUAUUGGGAUAUCCUUCUUAUGGAAAAUCAACUUCCUAUCUUUGUUCUUGAGCACUUGUUCAUAUUAACCGUAGAAGAAAAUAAGGCAGGGACCGAUGCCUUUUAUCAACUUGUUCUUAGCUACUUCCGAUUAUCAUUUUUGAGCGAAUCAUUUACUAGCUCUGUGGAUUUUCAACUAUAUAAAGAUGCCAAACACUUACUGGAUCUACUUACUAAAGCACUACAACCUCGUAUUCUUAGCAACCAUAAUGCAGGAAAAGUUAUACCUAUACCAGGUGCGAUGGAGCUAAGUCGUGCAGGAGUCCAGUUCAAGAAGCGUUUCAGUGUUGAUCAUCAUAAUAUCCUAGAUAUCAAAUUCAACAGUGAUGGAACUUUUGAAAUCCCUCCUUUGAUCAUUGAUGAUUUUACUGAACGUGGGCUAAGAAAUCUUGUCGCUUCUGAGCAAUUUAGUAAAUGUUCUACCCACAUUACUUCCUAUUCUAUCUUGAUGGAUCGUCUUAUAAAUUCUGCUGAAGAUGUUAAUCUGCUUCGUAAUCAAGGUAUCCUCACAAUUCAGUUGGGCAGCGAUGAACAAGUCGCUGAUAUGUUUAAUCAACGUUGUGCUUGUGCUCACUUUAUUAGGUUUUCUUUUAACUAUUAUCAACUCUCUAAUGAAGUUAACAAGUAUUAUAAGAAACGUCAGCACAGAUGGAAAGCGACUUUGAAGCGUGAAUACUUUAACAAUCCAUGGUCGAUCAUUUCAUUCAUUGCUGCAGUUCUACUAAUUCUACUUACAAUUAUAUCAACCAUGUUCACAACUCUCGCUUGGAUUGUUCCCAAGUCGUGA